UGAUGGUAAAACCUUCUUUCCUGUAGAUGUAGAAGAUGCCCUGUUGUCAUGGUUACCGGCCUAGAUAUAAAAAGAUCACUAGAAAGAUCUCUGUACUGUCCAUUCAUAUAUCUGUACAUUGUGAUCAGAUCCCCCUAUGGCCCCUUUCACAUUGCCAUUGCUCCCCGUCAAGAAUGGACAUUAAAGUGCUUUUCAGUCAUGGGAGAAGAUAUGAACAAUAUUUAUGCUGCAGAGACAGAUGUGAGUAGUGAUGAGCAGUAUAAGGAGGACAUUCCUACAGGGAAAGAUCUAAACUAUAUUAAUGCUACACAAAUAAAGGAAGAAGAAGAGACAGAUGUGAGCAGUGAUGAGCAGUAUAAGGAGGACAUUCCUACAGGGAAAAAUCUGAUCUAUAUUAAUGCUACAGAAAAAAAGGAAGAAGAGACAGAUGUGAACAGUGAUGAGCAGAAUAAGAAGGACAUUCCUACCGGGAUCUAUAUUAAUGCUGCAGACCUAAAGGAAGAAGAAGAGACAGAUGUGAGCAGCGAUGAGCAGUAUAAGGAGGACAUUCCUACAGUGAAAGAUCUGACCUAUAUUAAUGCUACAGACAUAAAGGAAGAAGAAGAACCAGACGUGAGUGGUGAUGAGCAGUAUAAGGAGGACAUUCCUAUGGGUAACCACCCAGAUGACUGUACCAGGAGAUCAGAGGAGAAUCUUAUAUCUUCAGAUUAUAAAGCAGAUGAUGAUAUCACACAAGAUACAUAUGAAGAACAUUCCAUUAUCCCAGAUACACCCUCCGCCCUUCACAGCCAAGAUCUCUCAUCUCAUCCUGUUAUACCCAUCCUGUCUUCUGAUCCAUCACAGGCUGGUAAACAGAAUAAAAGCCACAGAAGGGGUGUUAGACAUCGAAAAGCUAAUACAGAGAAGGAGCCAUUUUCUUGUUUAAAAUGUGGUAAAUGUUUUAUUCACAAAUCAAAACUUUUUAGACAUCAAAGAACUCACACAGGAGAGAAGCCAUUUCCAUGUCCAGAAUGUGGGAAAUGUUUUACUUGUAAAAUAAGUCUUGUUGAACAUCAAAAAAUUCACACAGGAGAGAAGCCAUUUUCAUGCCGAGAAUGUGGAAGGUAUUUUACUAAAAAAUCGCAUCUUGUUGACCAUCAAAGAACUCACACAGGGGAGAAGCCAUUUUUGUGCCCAGAAUGUGGGAAAUGUUUUACUUCUCGAGCAACUGUGCUUAAACAUAAAAAAACUCACACAGGGGAGAAGCCAUUUUCAUGCCCAGAAUGUGGAAAGUGUUUUCCUCAAAAAUCACAUCUUGUUGACCAUCAAAGAACUCACACAGGAUUCAAGCCAUUUUCAUGUCCAGAAUGUGGGAAAUGUUUUACUUUUAAAUCAAUUUUGCUUAAACAUAAAAAAACUCACACAGGAGAGAAGCCAUUUUCAUGCCCAGAAUGUGGGAAAGGUUUUAUUUCUCACUCAAAUCUGCUUACACACAAAAAAACUCACACAGGAGAGAAGCCAUUUCCAUGCCCAGAAUGUGGAAAGUGUUUUACUCAAAAAGCACAUCUUGUUAACCAUCAAAGAAUUCACACAGGGGAGAAACCAUUUUCAUGUUCAGAAUGUGGGAAAUGUUUUACUGCUCAAUCAAAUCUGCUUAAACAUAAAAAAAAUCACACAGGGUAGAAGCCAUUUCCAUGCCCGGAAUGUGGGAAAUGUUUUACUUAUAAAAUCAGUUUUCUUGAACAUCAAAGAACUCACACAGGAAAAACAUAAGUGAUUCCUAAUCCUUUCAUGCUCAUUGAUGUAAUAUUACGUCUUGUGAGCAUGAAGGGUGUGGGGGAAGGUUCUAGACUCGAGCCCUUUCCAAACCUUCCUGCUGGCUACUUAACUGUUGAGAUUGACUUAAAAUGUUUAUAAAUUUUUAUCUCCCCCCCCCAUAUCAGAAUUUUGCAAUCAAAAACAAACAUGUUUGAUAUGGCCACAUGCAGAAAUGUCCGAACUAUUAAAAUACAAUGUUACUGAAACCUCACGAUGAACGUUAUAAAGUUAAAUAAAAAGCAAAAGCCAGAAUUGUGUUUUUUAUUUUGUUUGUUUUUUGUCAAAUCACAUGGUCAAAAUACCAAUCAAUUCCAUAAUGGUACCAAUAAGAACUAAAGAUUACAAUAUAAAAAGUUAUAUGGAUCAGAAGAGGGUGAUUUUCAUUAUUUUUCUUUUCAAGUGUUUGAUUUUUUAAAAGAAGUAAAAAAAAAAUUAAAAAAAAACAGAUAACAUGUCCCUUUUACCAAACCGUGAAUGACAUUAAU